GCUAGUUUCGUAGCUUCCCUACUUGUUAUUAAGGAGGAUCUGAUUAUCUAAAAAGACCCUUGAAAGAAGCCAAAUUAAUUAAGAUAGAGCAACAUGAAUUGUUCACUUGGCUUUCCAAGUUUUGUAGAGAGAAAUAAGGCUUAUAUUGGAAUUAUCCUUUCACAAUGUAUGCAUGCAGGCCUGGCCUUGUUCUCCAAGGCUGCAAUUGAUAAAGGAAUGAAUUCUUAUGUGUUUGUUGUUUACGGGCAAUUUAUCGCCACGAUUGUGUUAGCGCCAUUCGCUUUUUUCCUCGAAAGUAACAACGCAGCCCCUCUAUUAUACAACUUACUCUGUAAAAUUUUCUUUGCUGCUUUAGUUGGAUUCACUCUUGCUUUUAAUCUCUUUGCUUUCGCUUUGAGAUACACCACUGCAACAUACGCUUCUGCCAGCAGAAACACGGUUCCAGCCAUUACAUUUAUCUUGGCUGUUUUCUUGAGGAUGGAGAGCGUUUCUAUAAGGCAAUGGCAUGGAAGGGCCAAAGUGUUGGGUACUAUGAUGGUUCUUUCUGGGGCUAUAGUGUUAAUACUUUAUAAGGGACCACCUCUUUAUUCAGGCACCCAAAAGGGAGCUCCAAACGCAUCAAUAAACCAUAUUUCCAGAUCAGAUUGGAUAAAAGGUGCUCUAAUCAUGCUCUCAAGCAACAUCAUGUCGUCUAUGUGGCUUAUUAUGCAGGAACACAUUGUAAAACAAUAUCCAUCGACACUACGUCUUGCAACUCUACAGUACUUCUUUAGCAGCAUACAGUCAGCAAUAUGGGCGGUUCUGAUGGAGAGGAACAUAUCGUCUUGGAAGCUUGGAUGGAAUGUGAAUCUUAUCUCCGUGGUUUAUUGUGGCAUAAUUGUCACUGGAGUUGGAUUCUGGUUGCGAGUUUGGAUCAUAGGCAAGCAGGGCCCUGUUUUCGUUGCUAUGUUCAGUCCAUUAGCAUUUAUCAUAACAGCCAUCUUUUCAACAUGCUUGUGGAAUGAGAUCCUUCACUGGGGAAGUGUAGGUGGGAUUAUAUUGCUAAUUGGAGGACUCUACAGCGUUUUGUGGGGAAAGAACAAAGAAGGAAAAAACAAAACAAAUGAACAAAGAUCAAUUGCCAAAGAAGAAACCACAUUGGAGAGCAUUACUCGCCAGUGA